AUACGUACUACACGGUAAACUGUUAUGGCGGAUUGGGUUGGAAUGUGUCGAAAUGUUGAUAGAUCGAUAAUCGGUACAAAUACAUAUUAAAGAUUGUAUAACUAAUUAAUAAAAAUACAUGUUGUGUAAAGACAGAUCGCGUUUAUGCACUUACGAUUUUUUGAGAACAAUUUAAGCAGGUAUUCGUUGAAAAAACAGGGAAGAUACCCCAGAUACACGUGUUGCUCCGAAACGAUCGAAGUGUACUCCAAACAACAAUGUCAGUGAUUCUGCAGUUUAACUGUUUGACGCAGAACGAGACUGCGAGAAAAGCAAUGGAGAGCUACGUUGAAAUCUUGCAAAAAGCAUUUGAACAUUAUCAAAAUUUGUGGGAAGAUUAUAUAAAAUUACAGGAAAAGUAUAAACAGUGUAAUGCACUACAUUCUUCAUCUCAAGUGACGAUUGAUACAAAAAUAAAAGAUGAAGCGACAUCGCAACAUUCUCAACAGUCGAAUAACGCUGAUGUGCGAGAAAGUAAUAGUACCCCAUCUCGUACUCCAUUAUUGAGAUUAGUUACAAAUUCGAUUGAUUUUAAUUCCGAUACAGAACCUAGUCUGUCAAAUACAAGUGAAUUUUUGUACAAAGAUACCGACGAAAAUAAUCGGCCAGAAAGUCCAGUAUUUUCUAAAAUAUGUCCAAAAACUGGCGCCAAAUUUGCAAAGAAAUUGCGUUUACCCAAAAUACUAUGCAGUGAUUCAACUUCAGAUAUGAAGACAUAUCAUGGUGAAAAAGUUUCUUCAAAGUAUAAUCACAAAUUAGAAAUUAGUACAACACAUCAUGUGGAAACCACAUUUUUGCCAGAUGGAAAGAGAUUGAAGCAAUCUCGACUUGCAUUUCAUCCAAUCAAAAAUAACGAAAUUAUGGUAUUAGCUUCAAAUGUAGAUAAACGUAAGCCAGCUAGUAUAUCGCAUAAUGUCGAACAGAAUUUUACUGAAGAAAUUUCUAUUGAAAAUGCAAGUAUUACUAAGAAAGAUGCUACAAACAACAGUAUUGAAAUUUCUGAGGAUGUGAUAGAAGUCAGUCCUACACAGAGAAAUAUUACAUCUAAAGUCAAGCGACGUUUAAAAUUCAAGAGGAAAAAUCCUACAAGACAUAUAAUGGAAAGUUCUCCGAGUAAAAAUAAAUAUCUUAAGCAUAGACCUGGUCUUAGUGUUAUUCCAGAGAUAAUAAAUGUAGAUUUUGGGUUAUGUCCUUCGCCAAAACAUACUUCUACACAAAUGGAAAAUGAUAAACCCUUAACGAAUACUAUAGUUAAUACAGUUAAUACAUUGAAAGAUAAAGUUAGCACAAAUUAUUUUUCACCAAUAAAAAUGGAUAAUAAAACCAAUGUUCAAAUUAAAAAAUCUAUUGAAGCUCAAAAGGAAGAUCCAUUAUUAAUACUGAAUCUUAAUAACAUAAAAGACUUUGCCUACAAAGAUGAAUCUUUUUAUCAGCCAGUAGCUGCAAAGAAAAAUGACAUGGAUAAUUUAAAUGACGAAACACGUUUGGAUGAUUCAGAAAACAAGCCACCUGGAAAAAAGAUGUUAUUGAAUAAGUUUAAUGUAUUCCCAAAAAGAAAGGCAGAUGUUUCAGAACAACUCAACAUGCGAUGUAAAGCUGAUAGAGAAAAAUUAAAUGGUUUGGAUUGCUGGGAAUGCAAAAAAUAUUAUCAGAAUUUAUCACUGUCAAAAGAAGAAUUGAAAAAACGAUUGAACCAAUGCUCACGACAUCGACAAAAGUACGAGAGGCCAAAUACACCAGAAGGUUUUUGGGAUCCGGAGUUUCCUGAGACGUUGUCAUGUACUUAUCGACAAUAAGAAAAUUGAAGUAUACAUAUGUUUCAUCAUUUAAAUCUAAUUCUCACGGUUUUAACCUUGAGUUAGAAGUUUAUUAUAAUAAUGUAGCGUGCACAAUCUUUCGUUAUCUUUUCAUUUUAAGUUAAUUGUGUUUGUUAUGAAUUCUAUUCUACAUGUGCUACACACGUACAUUCGAACAAGAAAAAGACUAUGGGCUACUUCAUCCUGUCGUUGCAAUUUGCCAAUUCCAAUCAAUCAUUGAUUAAAGUUAAUCGGAGUUGAUCGAAGAGGCCCAAUAAAAGAUUAACGAUU